GCUUCACACAAAAAAACAUACCUGACAUCUCUGUACUCUGUACUAAAGCAUUCACAGACUUAAAUUUCUGGCAUUUGUUGUAAGCAUAUCUGUACUAAAGCCCUUGCCCACUGGGCACAUUGAAUGUUAAGUCUGUGAAUGCUUUAGUACAUAUAUGCUUAGAAUAGAUGCCAGGUAUUUAUUGUCUGAAUUCUUUUGAUUUAAGCCCUCGCCUAUUGGUCACAUUGAAUGUUAAGUCACAGACAUGCUUAGAACAGAUGCCAGUGAAUGGGGAGGAAACGCGUCCGCUUAUAUGUAGAGAGUUACAGUGCAAUUUUCCUUGUACAAAAAUUUCGGGGCCCCAAAUGCUUGCGGAUCUCGAAGCAAUGGAAAUUACAGUUUACAGAGGAUAACUGCACGAAGACAUUUACUUGCUAUGGUGAAAACCAAUGUCGUGUAACUGGGUGAAAUUACGGCGAAUCUGAAGAAAACCCAGAAACAUCGCUUUAGUUCGCCCUAAAAUUCAGGCGGGAAAGGGUUUAGGGUUUUGCUCUUUGCGGUUGCAGAUUCCAGUGACAACUGCAAGCAGCAAGACUGCUAGUAGAGGUACAGAUUGGGAUCUUGGAAAAUGUAUCAGGAGGCAGAAGGGGAAGUUGCACAAAAUAUGGCUGAUUUUAAGGAAGCUGUGGAGAAGGUGUUGCUGCCAUUGCAACUUAGCCUUGGACUUUUUCUCAUCAUGAAGACGACGCCUCUUUGGGCGGUCAUUCAUUGCACCCUUGCCUACUUGCUCCACUGCUUCCGUUUCCCUUACACAGAUUACAAACAGCUCCAUGGAUGUAGAGGUAAAGGUCGAGUCUUCAAAAAGGUGAUGUCUCAUGCCACCACAGCAGGAGGUGUGUCUAGAUUAAAAAAGCCCAAGGAUACUAACAAUCAUAGGGAGAUGAGUGCAAAAUCUGAGAAUGGUAGGUCAAUGAAAGUGGACUACCUGGGUCAGAGCUAUUUACUGCAGCGAAUGGAAGGAGACAAGAUGCAAGUAAACUUUGAAAUGGAGCCAAAGGAUGGAGAGAAUAUGCCAAAGAAGGGUGGGCCGGCAUAUUAUUACAUCACAGAAAAAAUGUGGGAAACUGUGCAGUACGUUGCAAAAGUGGCUCCACUGACCGUGUUUGUGAAGAACCAUAAAGAAAUAUGGGAAGAAGUGGUCACGGGUGAUAUUAUGCAGUUUGAUGAAGUGCUGGAUUCAGUGAUAUUGGACAACCGCUCGGUUAUUCGUCUGGACCACGAUUACUUUCUGCCAGUCAACUUGUUAUUGGUGGAGAUUAAGUUGACGGCUACUUUAAACUUUGUGGCUAUGUUCCUAAAGACUCAAAAGCAUAUUCAUUGGCUCAUUCCUGCAUUGAUGACCUUUACAGCGGCAGUUAUGGGGUUCAGUACAACACUGAGGCUGUCUAUUGAUGACUAUAUCGCUACAAUCUUGUGCAGAGCACUACAGUGGGUGUGUGACCUACUGCCUUCGAUGAUGAGAAGGCGGGUGUACUCUUGGGGGAGCUGGGUGCAGCACUUUAGGCCCAGUAAUGACUUACAAUCAAAGAUUGUUAGGGGCGACAUAUCCGUGCUCGUUGCUGGAGGUGCAAAAUUUCAUUCUAAACCUACGAUUGAGCUUAUAAACUUCCCUGACUGUUCGCGGGUAGAUGAGAUUUGCUCUAGAGGUGGCCCAGCUUUGUUCAGAUGUGACUCAAAUUCUGAUUCAAGCAGUGACUCAGUUUAUAUUGAGUGGAUCUUCGAGAAUGCUCAGAAAUGUUUGUUAAAAUCCGGUCGUGUUGCAUCAAAGGAGGUUUGGGAGUCUUUAAAACCUGGUCAUGUUGAAUUAAAGGAGGUUAGGUUGUCGUUAAAAGCGGAUAAUACUGAUAUCGAAUCUGGUGAUGGAGAUUGCAGCACGAAGGAAAUAAAAUUCUUCACAUCUGAUUUUCACGAGGCACAGAAAUCGUUAAUGGUGGAUGAUAUUCAUACUCCAUCACUGGAUAUCGAAUGUAGCAAAGAGGAGGCCAUAAAACUAUUCAUAUUUGCUGCUUACAUGGCAGAGCUACAGUCAGGUUCAUUGAAAUCUUAUGACAGCAAUUCUAAGAAUGUGCAUGUCCGCCGUUUCAUGGAGUCGAUCAACACCUAUGUCAGAAGCGGCUAUCCACCACUCCACAAAUUAUACUUGGAGGGUGUAGUUGUCCGUCAGAAGAUGCCUAAAUUUCGCUUGUUUUGAUAGCUAAAUGAAAGUGUAUUAGAUUGUUAGGAUAGCUUUUUCCAGUGUUGUGUUACAGGUAGUAUGUAGUUCGUCCAUCAGAGGAUACCCUUUUCAAAUUAUCCUGUAAGCAAUUAUACUUCUCUAGUUGCUAAAUUGAAAUAUAGAGUAUUCUGCUACGAUGAUGGGGAGGUUUUCUCUUAGAUUAAAGUUAGAAAGAACCUCAUUUUGUUAACUUGCUUACCCAAAUCGAAGCAUAUGCAGUCCUCAUUGCAAUAUACGUUGCCAAAGCUACCAAUAUUUUUGGAUAAUUAAUUUGAAGCGCGUGAUUCACGGUGGGAGAAAUAUCUAUGAUGAUUACGGAAGAAA